AUGCAGCGUUUUCUGGCGAAGCUCGAGGCCGUCCUGGAGUCUGAGGAGUUGUCACCCGGGCUCAUUGACACCGUAAAACGCGCUGCUGGCUCUGCCCUCCAGGACCUCCCCGCGCCCGAUGACGCGACCAGCGGCGACGGCGGCGGUAGCGGCACAAAUACUGGCGCCGCGGCCAGCAGGUCGCAGUCGGUUGUCCCUGCGGCGGCGGACGUGCUGGGCUUCGAGGCGCUGGACCUGCAGCUUCGCUUUGCGCAUGACUGCCAGGCCAAGGGCUGCGGUGAUGCCGCUUGCCCGCUCUGUGAGCGCAGCCCCGACCGCCCGUGCAGCCGGCAGCUGGGCCGCAGCUACCUGGUCGGCGACCGCCUGGCUGCACGCUGCGGCGGCUUGCUGCGGGUGGAGCUCGUGUGCCGCCCCACGGGGGAGCUGUACACCGGGGCGCUGCCCGAUGGCCUGUGCCUCGAGCUCCGAGUCGUGGAGGGGGCGCUCUACGAGGCGCGCUUUGCUGACCAGGGCGCCGGGCUGGCGCGCGCCAGCGAGGCGGACAUAGAAGCCAUCAGCCUCCCCCCCGCGGCUAAUGGAGGCGCCCUGCUCGCCCUCAUGGGCAGCCGGCAGCCGGCCAACUUCAGCUGCGGCGGCCGGGGCGGCGUGACGACGCUGGACAUGCAGAUCAUGGACGGCUUCGCCACGCUGCCAGAGCUGCGGAUCAUCGCCAGUGGCGAACAGCUUCUGAAGGGAAACGGCAAGAAGCCUCAGUUCAGGAUCCUCGUCCGCGCCCGCCUCCGCGGCUGCAACGAUGUCUCAAGCACCGCCGCCGAUGUAUCAGUUGCCGCCAGUGCGUCCCUGAUCAACCUGCGUCCGGCAAUCAGCGAGGGCUUUGCUGUGGCCACGGCGCGCAUGAAGGGCGAUGUGAAGGUGGAGCUGCCGCUGACGACCGACGAGGCCAGGGUGAUCAUCCACCUCGGCAAGGCAGCGUGCGCCAAGCUCAAGGACCUGCGGGCAGCGGCAGCAGAGCUCAAGAGGUUGCUCGCGCUUGCGCCUGCCAACAGCGUCCUGCGCGGCCAGCUCCAGAAGCUGCUGGUUCUGGGCCAGGACGCCUGGGAGGAGGUGGUGGAGCACGUGGGCCAAGCCGUGGAGCCGGACAGCCGCAUGAGGGCUUGGUUUGAGGGCACAGGGUGA